AUGUCUAAUGCUGCUUCUGCAAAUUCGCAUGUGCGUGUAUUUUUUGGAAAUUUACAAGACAUUCCUGGCUUUUUUAAUAAUUCACCCCAGCGAGUAGAAGUCUUAAACAAUAUUGUGAAGAAAAGGAUCCCCCUCAGCGCUACAACCCGUUGGAAUUUUAAUAUAAGGACCAUUAAUGUUGUAUACGAAAAUAGAGCGUCUCUCAUUGAGUGUAUGCAUGAAAUAGAAGAACAAUUUGCCAACAACACAGUCUGUAGUGCAGCCGCCUCUAUUCGCCGUACAUUAAAUGAUCCGAUCUUCAAUUUUUGGCUGACUUUUUUUCAUCAUGUGAUGCCUCACGUAGACAUCCUAUUCAAUCAACUACAGCAAAGAUAA